CUGUAUCACAUUCAGUAUCAGACAAUCUGUAUUACAGAACAGUUGGUACCAAGAAAGAAACGCAGCAAGUUUUGGAAUUAUUUCGAGAAAUUUAAACCUUCGCUGGAAAAAUGCACGACCUGUAAAAAAGAAAUUAAGAUACUUCAUCCAAAAUAAUUGUGAUAAAGCAGUGUCUUUCUUACUAGGUUGUGGAAAUUAACGACAACAUUUAAGAAAACAUUCCGCAAGAAGUCGAAAUAAGACAAUUAUAAUGGCACCGAGAAGAAGACACAGAAAGUUGUGGAAUUAUUUUAAGGAAUUGCAUCCUUCUCUGGUAAAGUGCACGACCUGUAAAAAAAAAUUAAGAUACCUGAUCCAAAAAGCUGUACAACAAUAUUCAGAGCACACUUAGCAAUUAAACAUUAAUGACACUUUCACACUACCUGACGACUUGAGGCAAUAUUACUCGGAGUUAUCGGGAUAUAAGGCAAAAUGUAAAGAUUGUAACAAAACAUUGUCUUUCUUAUCAAGUAUGGAACAUUUACGAACACAUUUAAGAAGACAUUUCACAAGUAUCCAGAGUCCAGAUGAGACAAUUAUAAUGGCACCGAGAAGAAAACACAGCAAGUUGUGGAAUUAUUUCGAGGAAUUAAAACCUACACUGCUAAAGUGCAUGACCUGUAAAAAAGAAAUUAAGACACCUAAUCCAACAAUACGCACAAAAAGAAUGAGAGCACACAUAUUAAAUGUACAUGGAAUAUCUCUUGAUAAUGACAUUCAUACACUACCUGACAACUUAAGGCAAUGUUACUCGGAAUUACCGGGAUAUAAGGCAAAAGUUAAUAAUUGCGGCAAAACAGUAUCUUUCUUAACAAAUGUUGGAAAUUUACGAAAUCAUUUAAGAAGGCAUUCCACAAUUACCCAGAGUCGAGAUGAGACGACACCGACAACGAAACGCAGCAAGUUGUGGAAUUAUUUCGAGGAAUUAAAACCUACACUGCUAAA